AUGACACUACUUCAUGGUUUGGACAGUGUACAAGACGAACUUCCCCAACAUUCAGGUUCACGGUUCCAUCAAUACUGCAACAUCACCCAUGGCCUUGAGCAACGCGAGAGGGUUUCAAGUGGUAUGGUGGUUGGGGGGACUGUCAACCAAGGGCAGCACAUCAACAAUAGCUGUGUGGAUAAUGAUAUUGUUGCCACUCAUGUAGCUUUCCACAGAACUCACAACAAAUCCGCUAGACUGCAAGGAAUGACUUUCAUGGUGGCCAAAACAACACUACCUCGUGAUUUGGACAAUGUACAGGACAGGUCUGCUUCAGGGCUCUCUAAGGACAGCCCCAGCACACUUCAGGACAACCUCAGCGCAUCUCAGGACAACCUCAGCCUCUGGGUAUCCAGGGUCUACCCUGGAUACCCUCAGGGAAGAAGUGAUUUUCCUGAUGAGCAAGGUCUCAAUGCUCAUAUCAUGGAUCCUCAGAUGAUCAUAAUGCCAACCUCUACAUUGCCUUACAAGGCAAAACUUAAAGGGAAGGAGACAAAAAAUGCAAUGGAAAGCCAUUCACAGGGCCAGGCCAAUGGUGAACAAAGGCAAAUUGUAGAUAACAUUGGAAAAGUGGUCAACAUUUACAGCUCAUGUAUUAGACCUACUGUCUACUACCAAUCAACUACCAAUGACAUGCUGCCUUUGGCAGCAGCACAACAUUAA